UGGCCAAUAUCUCGCUUGCUCGCUCGCUCGCCGUGUGUGCGGUUCGAUAUUCUCUUUCGCUUUUUUUUUCACCGAAACGCAUUUGCAGCAAAUGAAAAACGGCGCCGAUCUGCAGAUAAUGUAGGCCAUCACUUUGCGCACGAUUCCGCCUCUGGCCGCGUGCGAGGUGCUAAAACCUAAGGAGCCGCCGCAUAAAAACGUCUCCAGCAGUUUGUAGUGCGGCAUGCCGGUGCUUUGCCAAAUUUUACUUCGCCCCGCUGCCGCCUGGCCUGCCUCUCGUUCCAGCUGAUUUGCUCUGCGCUCGCCAAACUUUUGCUCCUGACACGCGAUUCGCCAGGCCCCUCAUCACGCAGAUUAAGGCACACGAUGGGUGGCGCUGUCGCUUGGUGUGGCGUCGAUUGCGGCGCCGCGUCGUCGACGUAGGUGAUGGCCCGGUGGCUGGCCGCCGAAAUGCCACAGCAGGCGGCCGAAUUCUGCAAGGAGGGUGGGGCGCCGCGCUGCUGCUCAGCCAUGGACUACCUGCCGCGCGCCCACGACUUCGAGACCGACUCAAACUCUUCGUCCUCCUGGGAUCUGGCCGAGGUCGAGAUGGACAUGCGCCGCCACAUCCAGCAGUGCUCCUGCACCUGCAACCACAUGGGUUUUGGCAACUACAUGGACUACCCGCCGCCGGUCGGCUGCCUGCCGGACGUGGCGCCGCUGGAGGAGCACCACCCGCACCACCACAACUGUCCGGUCAAUGAGCUACUGCCUCCACUGCCGCCGCCGUCGCGAUGCAACGGCCGGGCAGUGCCUGUCCGAGAAAUGCUGCUUCCUUCGAGUGCUCAAGCCAGUUUCGGCACCAUUGCCAGUUUGGGCCCUCUCAACGUUAGGGAAUCUUUUAGUUCAACCAGUAGCAAAUCAGACUCAAAAACUUUGUGUGGCUUUCGUCAUUGGUGCUUACUGCUGACCGCGGUGCUGAUCGCGUGCGCGCUGGGCGCGGGCCUCGGGGUGCCGCUGGUGAUGCGCUCGGUGAAGGGUGCGUCGAGCGGCGAGCAACGCAUGGACAUAGUGCGGCGCAUCCUCAAGGAGACGCCGCUCAUCGACGGCCACAACGACUUUCCGUGGAACCUGCGCAGCUUCCUGCACAACAGUUUCAAGGAGCUUGACUUUGCCUCCGACCUGCGCAACAUCGCACCCUGGUCCAACACCAAUUGGUCGCACACUGACCUGCCGCGCAUGAGAAGUGGCCUUAUGGGAGCUCAGUUUUGGUCUGCGUACGUCCCCUGCGGUGCCCGGCAUUUGAACGCAGUGCAGAUCGCCUUGGAGCAGAUCGACGUGAUCAAAAGGCUGGCCGACCUCUACCCCUCCUACCUCCAACUGGUCACCACUGCCAAAGAAAUCGAAGAGGUGCACCGCGGCGGGAGGAUUGCCAGCCUGAUCGGGGUGGAGGGUGGCCACGCAAUGGGCAACAGCCUGGCCGUGCUGCGCAUGUUCUACGACCUGGGCGCGCGCUACCUGACGCUGACGCACGCGUGCAAUACGCCGUGGGCCGGCUGCUCGCAGAGCAAGACAGGCGACGACGGCAGCAACAUGGGAGCGCCGGGCGAGGAAUUCGGACUGACCGAAUUCGGCAAGGCGGUGGUCCGCGAGAUGAACCGGCUCGGCAUGAUCGUCGACCUGAGCCACGCCUCGGUCAAGACGAUGCGCGACGCCCUCAACGCCACGCAGGCGCCUCUCAUUUUCUCGCACUCCUCGGCCAGGGCGCUGUGCAACUCCACCAGGAAUGUGCCUGACGACGUGCUCAAACUCGUGACCUCGAACGGCGGAAUCGUCAUGGUCAGCUUCUACCCGCUUUUCGUGUCUUGCAACGACACCGCCACUAUCACCAACGUCGCUGAGCACAUCAACCACAUCAGAGCGGUGGCCGGAGUCGACCACAUUGGCCUCGGAGCCGGAUUCGACGGAAUCAACUACACUCCCCGCGGCUUGGAGGAUGUCGGCUCUUUCCCAAGGUUGUUUUCCUUGCUGCUGGAACAAGGUGACUGGAGCGAAGAGCAGUUGGCAAAGUUGGCUGGAAAGAACUUGUUGCGGGUGCUCAGGGACGUUGAAAAGGUUCAGAGGCAGCAAAAGCUGUUAGGCAUCCGACCUGGUGAAGAGUUUGUGCCCCCCGAGGAGCUUCAGGGUCACACGGAUUGCAUGUACCUGAGUGCACCUACUAGCAGCUGAUACAACGGAUUUGCUAUUGUUCACUUCCUAGGCGUCGUAUCGCACAUAUCUCCAUUACGAAGACGGUUUAGCCUGCGGUGGAAUUAAGAAAAAGAUUUUAUUAGGUGCAGCCCUUUUUAGAGGUAGCCGAAUCACGUAAAAAAAUCAACUCUUUUGAAUAUGAGGUGUGGGAAUCGCCGAAAAAAUGAUAGCUAAGAACAAUCUCUCGGUCCUCUGAAAAUUAGUCAGAAUAUUAUUCGGGACUGGAUAGGCAUCAAUUUCGAAACACGACUUCCACGAUCAGGCAGUUUUGUGUACAUAAAACAAAUUACCCAGCUACUUGUUUUCAGAUUUCCACGCGAAUCUGUUGUUGCUAUAUCGGCCCAAAAAUGUGGCACUCUGGUUCAUGGAAGCGAUCAGGAUUUUAUUUCAGAAAACCUAUUUAUUGGGUGUUUCCACCAGAGAUUUUUGUUUCAUCUCUUGGAGGCUACCCUGACGCCAGGGUUUGAUUUUUUGUGCUCUGGUGGUCUUCUCUGACCUCAGGGGCGACCCCCAAGCAUGUUCCGCAGGUCAAAAUCAACCGAGAGUGCAGUUAUUAUUUUAUCAACAGAUAUACCGUGUCUUUAAAAUGCCCAUUUUCAACCUGAGAAAGGCACCAUCUCGAACAUUUCCACACAUGUUACACACACUUGUAGCAACAUUUCAUACCAUACUUGAAAAAAUGUUGCUUUUUCAGAUAUUUACAAAAUAAUGAAUUCGAAAAUUACUGAAAUCAGAAAUUAAAAUAAAAUUGUAGGCUGUCUAAACGGGAAUCUUUUGGCGCUUGUAUGUUCUGUCUCGAUUGGGAUUUGAGAUAUUCUCAUUUUUGAGAACGCCAAGAGGCCCGUUCCUCCAGAUUUAAAAUUUUCGGGAUACUGCGUUAAUUUUUUUAGCAAACCUGGCUAAUUAGAAACAUACAAAGAUAAACAGGAUGGUAUUUGAAAACUGCGCAAAUCUCUCGUGGAAUCGCCUGAUUGCAUUUUAAACAAAUGGCAUUAUUACUCUUGCUCUGUGCACCAACGAGCCAAAUUUCGGGGAAAUGAUCGUUGCGACAAUCGAACAGGGAAAACUUCUGUAAAAUAAUUAUUAAAGCUUUGAGCGCUGCUGGCGAGCGGAGAGCGCGGCUUUUGGUGCGUCAAAUUGGUCUGUUCGCCACGGCGGCAAAGUUUUCUUAAAAAUUGACAAACACACUUUUUAAACAACCUUAAAUCCAUCUCUAAUUAAAUAAGGAAACAUUUGUGCAUUAAACUGGAAUGGGGGGUAUUUUUAAAAAUCUAUCAUAACCAAGAAGAAAUAGCUGUGAACUUAAAAUAUAGCUUUAAACCAAAAGAACAUAGAGGGUGGUUACUCGCGUAAAUAAAAGAAAAUUCCAUUGGGGAAGAAAACACAAAUCACACCGACCGCACACCCAACUUAAACUGACGAUAUAUAACGAGAUCAAAGAUUUUGAUUUUCUAGCGUGACCACGUCUUAAUCGCUCAAACGAUAUUUGAUAAUGUUAUAAUGAAAAUGUUAACCUCCUUCGACUCGCGCGAGGGUGCGAUAUUGUAUAUUCAACAGCCAAUUAUGAUGAUAAAAGCGAGAAUAGUUUUACACGUGUAGCUGUUAACGACGACUAAACCAAAAAACAAAACCUAAAAUGCAGAUGAGUGUGUAGAUAAUUAACAAGGGGAGCGCACCUAUUAAUCCGAAAAAAUUGCUUUUUUCUGCCAUGCUAGAGUUUGAAAUUAGAUAAAAAUUUGCCUACCGAAAAAGUGUGCCGUUAUUUUCUAAUCUCGAAUCUCUGUAAAAGCUAGUUAAAUAAUUUUGAAAUUGUCAACGGGAUUACCCAAUUUUUCUGAUUUGGAAAUAUUAAAGAAAAUGAUGUCGAAUUUCAAUGAGGGUAAUUGGCUUUAUAAUUCAGCAACCAUGAGUGCUGGAGCCAAAAUCUUGGCAAAUACGGAAGGGUAAAUAAAUUUGUAAUUCUUUACACAUUUUUGUUAAAUAUUUUAGGAAAAAUCCCAAAUCUUUGCAACAGUAAGAAAAUUGUACAUUUUGAUUAAUUCGUUUUAUAGAGUAGAUUCCAAAAUAUUAAUUUUAUUGAAAUUCAACCACAUUUCAAGAAACUGGCAGUUAAUAAAUAACGGGAACUUUUGUCUCGGCAACUUGUCGUCUCUUAAUUAUCAAAUACUAUCGAAUGGAAGCGAAAAACACCAUGAUUUUUGAAUUAAAAGGUGCGGUCCCCUUGUAAAUGAGAGGCGCUCGUGUCUCAUAAAUAAAACUUGCCGUAGGAAUGGAUGCGACAGAUUUUAACUAAAAGACUAAUUGUUAUAGUGAAUAGAAUUUAUACUUUGUAAUACAAGAGUUGCCGCAAUAAACUGAAAGAAAGUAUAAUUACUCAGAUCUUAACACAUGAUUAACUCUCUAUCUCACUCUCUCACACGAACUUCCUCCUAUUUUUGGCUGAAGCGCCGCUUCCGCGCGGCUCACGCGACGCAAAAACUCGGCUUUUUGUACGGGCUGCGGGAAACUCGUGGCUCGGCGAGUCAGUGCACUUACUUAAUUGAUACGAAAUAAAAAAGAAAAACCUGCUAACGCGUGUGCUUUGUGUCCGUCAGUGAAUAUUUUGAAUUCACCAUUGGUUGGGUCAAAUCGUGACGAAAUUGGAAGAAAAUGUAAAAUGAUUGCGGAAUGCCAAACGAGCGUAGUCCCUAAAAUCCUUAGUCAAGCUUUAGGGAGCUGCAAAUUCCAGAUAUAUAUAUAAAAAUUAUUGAUGCGUAAAAAAAGGAAAACUAUAUUAUAUAUAUAAAGCAUUCCUA